AACCCUCCUGUGGGGACAUCCAGUGUCCCAAAGGGAUCACCUGCAAGAUGCUACACGGGCAGCCCCAGUGCAUCCAUCGACAGCCCUCCUGCAGUGACAUCCAGUGCCAGAAAGGGACAGCAUGCCAGAUCAUAGACGGUUGGCCCCAGUGCGUCCAACGCAGCCCCUCCUGCGCUGACAUCCAAUGUCAGAUGGGCACCGUGUGCCAAAUGCUUGACGGGUGGCCGCAGUGUGUCCAAAUGAUGGUGUCCCCAAGGCAACCUUCCUGCAGGGACAUCCUCUGUCCCAAAGGCACAUCCUGCACCAUGGCGGAGGGCACACCCCGCUGCCAUCCCAGCCAACCCCUCCUCCUCGCUGCGUCCCGGGCUCUCCCCGCUCCUCUUCCCAAAACUCCCACUGAGGUCUCUGCUGUCCCCUCCUUGUGCCACGGAGCCCACUGUGCUGGCGUCCCCCCCUCCUGCCAACACGUCAGCUGUCCCCCCGGCACCGUUUGCAUGCUGCUGCACGGCCGCCCCACCUGCAUCUCCCGACCUUCCUGCAAGAACCUCCGCUGCAAAGCGGGCACGGGCUGCAAAAUCAUCAAGGGUUGGCCCCGUUGCGUCCGCAUCCCAUCCUGCCAGGACCUGCAAUGCCCGAGUGGGACGGCGUGCCGGGCGGUGCGAGGGUGGCCCAAGUGUGUGCGGAUGGAGAGGAGCGCUCCGGUGGCGUCGUGUGUCAACAAGCCUUGCCCACCAGGCACCGCGUGCCACGUGGCCGAGGGCAUCCCCCAUUGCAUCCCCCAGCUCCCCAACUGCUCCAAGGUGCGUUGCUCGGAUGGGACCGAGUGCCACAUGGUGGAAGGUCGGCCCAAAUGCGUGCCCAACUCGCCCGACUGCAGCACCGUCCGCUGCCCCGCCGGCACCGCGUGCCAACUGGAGGGUGGUUGGCCAACCUGCGUGCCCAACAAGCCGUCCUGCAGCACCGUCCGAUGCUCUGCGGGGACCACGUGCAGAAUGGUGGAUGAUUGGCCCAAGUGUGUCCCCAGCAAGCCGUCCUGCAAAGAGGUGUUGUGCCCGGCAGGGACCGCGUGUCAAAUGGUGGACGAUUGGCCCAAAUGUGUGCCCAAGAAGCCGACUUGCAAAGAUACGCAUUGCCCCCUUGGAACCUCGUGUCGGGUGGUGGACGACUGGCCCAAGUGUGUCCCCAACCAGAUGUCCUGCAAAGAGGUGCACUGCCCGCCUGCAACGACCUGCAGAAUGGUGGGGGAUUGGCCCCGCUGCGUUCCCAACCAGUUGUCCUGCAAAGAUAUGCAUUGUCCAGUUGGGACAACCUGCCACGUAGUCAAGGAUGGGCCUCAAUGCGUUCCCAACCAGUUGUCUUGCAAAGAUUUCCCGUGUCCAGUGGGGACAACCUGUAGGAUGGUGGACAACCAACCCAAAUGUGAACCCAACAGGAUGUCCUGCAAAGAUAUGCAUUGUCCAGUUGGGACAACCUGCCACGUAGUCAAGGAUGGGCCUCAAUGCGUUCCCAACCAGUUGUCUUGCAAAGAUUUCCCGUGUCCAGUGGGGACAACCUGUAGGAUGGUGGACAACCAACCCAAAUGUGAACCCAACAAGGUGUCCUGCAAAGAUAUGCACUGUCCAGUUGGGACAACCUGCCACGUAGUCAAGGAUGGGCCUCAAUGCGUUCCCAACCAGUUGUCUUGCAAAGAUUUCCCAUGUCCAGUGGGGACAACCUGUAGGAUGGUGGACAACCAACCCAAAUGUGAACCCAACAGGAUGUCCUGCAAAGAUAUGCAUUGUCCAGUUGGGACGACGUGUCAAGAAGUGAAGGAUGGGCCUCAAUGCAUUCCCAACCAGUUGUCCUGCAAAGAUUUUCCGUGUCCAAUGGGGACAACCUGUAGGAUGGUGGACAACCAACCCAAAUGUGAACCCAACAAGGUGUCCUGCAAAGAUUUUCCAUGUCCAGCUGGGACAACCUGCCACGUAGUCAAGGAUGGGCCUCAAUGCAUUCCCAACAAGAUGUCCUGCAAAGAUUUUCCAUGUCCGGCUGGGACGACAUGUCAAGUAGUCAAGGAUGGGCCUCAAUGCGUUCCCAACCAGUUGUCCUGCAAAGAUUUUCCAUGUCCGGCUGGGACGACGUGCCACAUAGUCAAGGAUGGGCCUCAGUGUGUCCCCAACCAGUUGUCCUGCAAAGAUUUCCCAUGUCCAAUGGGGACAACGUGUAGGAUGGUGAACAACCAACCUAAAUGUGAACCAAACAGGAUGUCCUGCAAAGAUUUUCCAUGUCCAGUUGGGACAACCUGCCAAGAAGUGAAGGAUGGGCCUCAGUGUGUUCCCAACAAGAUGUCCUGCAAAGAUUUUCCAUGUCCAGCUGGGACGACGUGCCACAUAGUCAAGGAUGGGCCUCAAUGCGUUCCCAACCAGUUGUCCUGCAAAGAUUUUCCAUGUCCGGCUGGGACGACAUGUCAAGUAGUCAAGGAUGGGCCUCAAUGCGUUCCCAACCAGUUGUCCUGCAAAGAUUUCCCAUGUCCAAUGGGGACAACGUGUAGGAUGGUGGACAACCAACCCAAAUGUGAACCCAACAAGGUGUCCUGCAAAGAUUUUCCAUGUCCAGUUGGGACAACCUGCCAAGAAGUGAAGGAUGGGCCUCAAUGCGUUCCCAACAAGAUGUCCUGCAAAGAUUUUCCGUGUCCAAUGGGGACAACCUGUAGGAUGGCGGACAACCAACCCAAAUGUGAACCCAACAAGGUGUCCUGCAAAGAUUUUCCAUGUCCAAAGGGGUCGGUUUGUAGGAUGGUGGACCACCAACCCAAAUGUGAACCCGACAAAAUGUCCUGCCAUGACAUCCAUUGCCCAAAGGGCGAAAUCUGCAAGCUGACAGCGGAGAACUCACCCCAGUGCGUCCCCACACACCACCCCCCCCUCGUCUGCCACGUCCUGAGGCAGUGGAGGUACCGAGCGUUCGAUGGGAGGGGGUACAACCUGGGGGGUCCCUGUGCCCAAACGCUGGUGAGCACCUGUGGUGCCCCGAAGACCUUCCUCAACGUCACGGUGGGAGGCCAAGAUGGCACAGGAUUGGCCGCAUCCUUCGCCUACGUCAUGCUCCAGGGUGAUGGCUACGAGGUCGUGCUGGUCCGAGGAGAGGAGAAGAUGGCAAGGGUGGCCGGGAGCGCCGUCCCCCUUCCCCUCUUGAUGGUGGGGGGCCGAGUGCGCGUGGAGCGAAGGGGGGGACAGAGAAGAGCAGCGCUGCCCCCCGGGGUGCGCGUGGCCAUCGGUGGGGACGGCGCGGUGACGGUGACGGUGCCGGCGGAGCUGCGGGAACAGCUGUGUGGGAUCUGCGCCCAUCCCGAGAACGGGGCAGGAAAGUGCGCCCCAUCCUGCUCAUCCAAACACCCGCCGGAGUCGUGUGCCACCGACCCCAUAUCCGUCCCCAUAACCGCCCCCAGACGUCCCCCUUCCAACGCCACCUGCUCAGCCCUGGGCGUGGGUCACGUCCGUACCUUCGAUCUCCUCCACCACGAUUUUUCGGGUUCCUGCCUUCACCUUUUGGCCGAGCAAUGUUCCAGAACCAAAAACAACCGUUUUUUUCCGUGUCCUCAUCCGGGCCGGAUCCGGUGGCGUCGUUGGUGUGGUGGUCCAGGUGUUCAGGACGGUGGUGGAGAUGGAAAUGAGAGGGUGAUGCUGCACGGCGAGCCCAUCUCCCUGCCCCACACGUCGAAGCACUCCGCCCUGACCGUGGAGAGGAGGGGGUGGGAGGUGGAGCUGCGGACCCCCUCGGGGCUGAGAGUCGCCUACGAUGGGCAGCACGGGAGGGUGAGCGUCCAGGUGGAGAGCUCCUACGGCGGCCAACUCUGCGGGCUCUGCGGGGACUUCGAUGGGGACCCCCGUAACGAUCUGUCGCCGGGGAGGGGGUGGAGAGUCGGGGGCGAAGAGGGGUGCGAGGACGGGUCGGGAUGUGGGGAGGGGGAAGGGAAGAAGGGAGAGAAGGGUGAGGAGUGCGGGGUGUUGCUGGAUAAGGACGGGCCCUUCCGGCUCUGCCACGGGGCGGUGCACCCCGAAACGUACUACAGGGAUUGUAUGGCCGACCGGUGUCACCGCCAUGGGGUCUGCCGGGUCGUCGCCGCCUACGUGGCUGCGUGUCAGGAGGUGGGGAAGGAGGUCCUGGAGUGGAGAUCCGAGGGGUUCUGUGCCCCCGACUGCCCCAAGGGCACCCGCUACGCUCUCUGCGUCCCGAACUGCGCCUAUGAGUGUCGCGAGGGCUGCGUUUCCCCCCACGGCCCCCCCAGGGGGGAGAAUAAAUGUGGGGCAGCGUCAACGGCGGUCGGCUCAGGGACUUGUAGGGCUGUGGGGACGCAUCACUAUCUGAGCUUCGAUGGGGCGGCCGUGACCGUCCGGGACAACUGUACCUACGUGGUGGCACGGAGCUGCAGUGAGGAUGGAGCCCACCCCCCAUUUGAGGUGACGGCCACUGACCCCCGGGGGGGGGUCAGCAAUCGCAGCGUUGUCAUCGCUGUGCACGGACAUCACUUUGCGCUGCGCUCCGGGAAACACGCGGUGGUCGACAGCUCCGCGGUGCCGCUGCCCUUCUGCCUGCCUCGCCGGGCCGCCUGCUUGGCCCACAAAGGUGCCACCAUCCUCCUCGUCACCGACUUCGGCCUCAGCGUCACCGUCGGCCCCGGGGACAUGUUGGCCGUCACCGUGCCCUCCUCCUACCACAACUCCACCUGUGGCCUCUGUGGCAACUUCGAUGGCCGCCUCCACAACGACCACCUCCACCGCAACGACGUGGCCACGUGUCACCGGCUCUGUCCUGGUCCCAAAUGUCCCCCGUGUCGGCAGCCCCCCAAAAAUGAAUACAUCCACAGCAAGCUCUGCAACGUCCUGCGAGACCCCCGGGGUCCUUUCGGGGUCUGUCACGAGGUUGUCCGUCCCGACGUCUUCUUUGACAUCUGUCUCUGGGAGCUCUGCGAGUCCCCCGGGGACAGGGAUGCCCUUGGAGAGGUCCUGGCAGCUUACGACGCCGCCUGUCGCCAGGCUAAGAUCCGUGUGGGACCGUGGCGCAUCCCCAGGACCUGCCCUUCGUGGUGCGUGCCGGGCACCGGCUGCCGACCCGGGAUCAGCUGCAUCCCCCACCCUACGUUAAUGAGGAGGGACCUGUCUCCAGGAAACCUUCUGGGAAUGCUGCCGCUGCCAUCUUUGAAUCUCCCCCUCCGCCUCAACCCGCUGCUGCCGUGACCCCCCCCGCCCCGUCCUGCUCCUCCCGUCCCAAUUAAUUAAUUUAAUUCAUUAAUAAACAAGAUGC